UUUCAGGGUUUCGUGUAGACGAAUUGAUGUUCGUCGCAUCAUUGCAACUGAGUAAUACAUGGCUCGUAUUGCAGCAAUUCGAAAUCAUAUAGCAGAAAUAAGUAAUGACGAAGCAUUGCAAAAUGAUUUGAAGAUUUUACCGUCGAAUUAUAAUUUCGAAAUCCCGAAAACGAUUUGGAAAAUUCGAGCUACGGAAAGCAAAAAUGUCUGUCUGCAAUUCCCCGAAGGACUACUCCUUUAUUCGUGCGUUAUUGCGGACAUUUUGCGGAAAUACUCAGAAUGCGAAGUUGUGAUUAUGGGAGACGUCACAUAUGGAGCAUGUUGUGUUGGUGACCAAGCAGCACGUGCACUUGGAUGUGAUCUUAUGGUGCAUUAUGGACACAGCUGUUUAAUACCAAUUCAAGAAACACGAGGAAUUGAAAUGCUUUAUAUUUUUGUGAACAUCGAAAUGAAUCUUGGUCAUUUUAUUGAUGUAUUAAAAGCUAAUUUCGAAAAGCAUAAGAAACUUGCAUUAGUUAGCACCAUCCAGUUCGUUCCAUGCUUGCAAUGCGUUAAAAAGGAGUUAAUUAGCAAAGGUUAUAAUAUUUCGAUACCACAAGUGAAACCUCUCAGUCCUGGUGAAAUCCUCGGUUGUACUUCUCCCAAAUUAGAGGAGGACGUCGACGCAGUCAUAUACUUGGGCGAUGGGCGAUUUCAUUUGGAAUCAGUGAUGAUCCAAAAUCCAUCUGUUGUUGCUUAUCAGUAUGAUCCAUAUUCGAAGAAGUUCACGCAUGAAGAAUACGAUUUUGAUUUGAUGACCAGAAAGCGACAAGAAGCUAUAGAAAUAGCUCGGAAAUGUCGCAUGUUUGGUCUUAUACAAGGUUCAUUAGGUAGACAGGGAAACCCUAAAGUUUUUGGGGAUUUGGAAAAGAAACUACAAGUAGCUGGCAAAAAGUUUGUACGUGUCCUUCUUUCGGAAAUAACGCCCCAAAAGUUGUCUUCUUUCUCCGAUAUUGAUUGCUGGAUUCAGGUAGCUUGUCCUCGCUUGUCGAUCGAUUGGGGUGCAAAUUUCAAGAAACCACUUCUUACCCCUUAUGAAUUGGUGGCCAUGCUGCAGUAUGUUUCAUUUAGAACCGACUCAUAUCCCAUGGAUUAUUAUGCGAAUGAGAGUCUUGGACCGUGGACAAAUAAUCACAAAAUACACCGAGAAUUUCGUCCCAAACGAAAUCAUAUUACAGUCGUUGCAUCGCAAACUUGAGGACAGACAUUUUUGUUGUAUAUGUUAAUAACAUGCUCAUAAAUGACUGUUUACCGGUGAUACAUUAUAGCAGGAGAUGCGAGAUAGAGCUAGAUUAUCUCUUGUCUUUUUAAUGCUGCCUUUCCGAUUCGCGACCAUUUUAAAUCAAAUCUAGCUUUUUUAGUAGUUUACUGAAAAUGAGCAGCACAGAGUAAAUACAACGAUGCUAUAGCGUAAUAAGAAAGUGAUCAAAGAUAAAGGUGUUUGUUUUUGAAAUGCUAAAUAGCUUUGCCAAAAAAAUAAGAUGUUAAAUGAUUUCCGGUGCAACCUGUAUGUAAUGACUAAUGAUGAAUAUUUGUUUUAUCUCUCUGAGAGUUCAAAUUAUGA